CUGUAUGGAUUAUUUCGCUAUAACCCCAUGAUGCUUGGACUGGAAUCCCUCCCAGACCCCAUGGACACCUGGGAGAUCAUAGAGACCAUUGGCAAAGGUACUUAUGGCAAGGUCUACAAGGUAUCCAACAAGAGAGAUGGGAGUCUGGCAGCUGUGAAGAUCCUGGACCCCGUCAGUGAUAUGGAUGAGGAGAUCGAGGCUGAAUACAAAAUUCUGCAGUUUCUUCCUAAUCAUCCCAAUGUUGUGAAGUUUUAUGGGAUGUUUUACAAAGUGGAUCAUUGUGUGGGAGGACAGCUGUGGCUGGUCCUGGAGCUAUGUAACGGGGGCUCUGUCACCGAACUUGUCAAGGGCCUCCUGAGACGUGGCGAGCGCCUGGACGAAGCUGUGAUCUCCUACAUCCUGUAUGGAGCCCUCUUGGGCCUUCAGCAUCUGCACCUCCAUCGAAUCAUCCACCGAGAUGUGAAGGGGAACAACAUCCUCCUGACAGCCGAAGGAGGAGUCAAGCUCGUUGACUUUGGUGUCUCUGCUCAGCUUACAAGCACACGCCUACGGAGAAACACAUCAGUUGGGACCCCAUUCUGGAUGGCCCCUGAGGUCAUUGCUUGUGAGCAGCAGUAUGACUCGUCCUAUGACGCUCGUUGUGACGUCUGGUCUUUGGGCAUCACAGCCAUUGAGCUGGGAGAUGGAGACCCUCCCCUCUUUGAAAUGCACCCUGUGAAGAUGCUCUUUAAGAUCCCAAGAAAUCCUCCACCCACUUUGCUGCACCCAGAAGCAUGGUGUGAGGAAUUUAACCACUUCAUUUCACAGUGUCUUAUUAAAGAUUUUGAAAAGCGGCCUUCAGUGACCCAUCUCCUGGACCACCCAUUCAUUAAAGGAGCUCAAGGCAAGGUUUUGUUUCUGCAAAAACAGCUGGCCAAGGUGCUCCAAGACCAGAAGCAUCUGAAUCCUGUUGCUAAAACCAGGCAUGAAAGGAUGCAUACCAGAAGGCCCUAUCGAGUGGAGGAUGCUGACAAGUACUGCCUUGAGGAUGACUUGGUCAAUCUCGAGGUCCUGGAUGAGGAAACACUUAUCUAUUGGCUGCAGAAGCGGUAUGAAGACGCGCUGAUCUACACCUAUGUUGGAGAUAUACUAAUUGCCUUAAACCCCUUCCAGAAUCUAAGCAUAUACUCUCCACAGUUUUCCAGGCUUUAUCAUGGGGUGAGACGUGCCUCGAAUCCUCCCCACAUAUUUGCAUCCGCUGAUAACGCUUACCAGUGUUUGGUUACUUUCAGCAAAGACCAGUGCAUAGUCAUCAGUGGAGAAAGCGGGUCAGGGAAGACGGAGAGCGCCCAUCUCAUCGUUCAGCAUCUGACUUUCUUGGGAAAGGCCAACAAUCAGACCUUACGUCAGAAAAUUCUCCAAGUGAACUCCUUGGUGGAGGCCUUCGGGAACGCCUGCACUGCCAUCAAUGAUAACUCCAGCCGGUUUGGGAAGUAUCUGGAAAUGAUGUUCACCCCCACCGGAGCUGUGAUGGGAGCAAGAAUCUCCGAGUAUCUCCUUGAGAAGUCCAGAGUCAUCAAGCAGGCAGCGGGAGAGAAAAAUUUUCACAUAUUUUACUAUAUUUAUGCUGGUCUUUAUCACCAAAAGAAACUCUCUGAGUUCAGACUUCCUGAGGAAAAGCCCCCUAGAUACAUAGCGGCUGAGACUGGAAGAGUCAUGCAGGACAUCACUUCCAAGGAGUCUUACCGGAGACAGUUUGAAGCAAUUCAGCACUGCUUCAGGAUUAUUGGAUUCACUAACAAGGAAGUGCAUUCCGUGUACAGAAUUCUGGCUGGGAUUUUGAAUAUCGGGAACAUCGAGUUUGCGGCUAUUUCCUCCCAGCACCAAACUGAUAAAAGUGAGGUGCCCAACGCCGAAGCUUUGGAAAAUGCUGCCCGUGUACUCUGCAUCAGCCCAGAAGAGCUCCAGGAGGCCCUCACAUCCCACUGUGUGGUCACCCGAGGCGAGACCAUUGUCCGAGCCAACACCGUGGACAGGGCUGCAGACGUCAGGGACGCCAUGUCUAAGGCCCUAUAUGGGAGGUUGUUCAGCUGGAUCGUAAAUCGCAUCAACACACUCCUGCAGCCAGAUAAAAACAUAUGUGGUGCAGAGGACAGGAUGAAUGUGGGCAUCUUGGACAUUUUUGGCUUUGAGGAUUUCCAGAGGAAUUCCUUUGAACAGCUUUGCAUCAAUAUCGCCAACGAACAGAUCCAGUACUACUUCAAUCAGCAUGUGUUUGCUCUUGAGCAGAUGGAGUACCAGAAUGAAGGCGUUGAUGCUGUCCUUGUGCAGUAUGAAGACAAUCGCCCACUCCUGGACAUGUUCCUCCAGAAACCCUUGGGCCUUCUCGCACUUUUGGAUGAGGAAAGUCGGUUUCCCCAAGCCACAGACCAGACCUUGGUUGAUAAAUUUGAAGAUAACCUACGGUGCAAGUUCUUCUGGAGGCCCAAAGGCGUGGAGCUCUGCUUUGGCAUUCAACACUAUGCUGGACCGGUAUUAUAUGAUGCUUCUGGGGUUCUUGAGAAAAACAGAGACACUCUCCCUGCUGACGUGAUUGUGGUCCUGAGGACGUCUGAGAACAAACUUCUCCAGCAACUGUUCUCAAUCCCCUUGACCAAAACAGGUAAUUUGGCCCAGACAAGAGCUAGGAUCACAGCGUCUUCACGGUCUUUGCCUCCACAUUUCAGUGCUGGGAGAGCCAAGGUAGACACCCUGGAGAUGAUUCGUCACCCAGAAGAAACCACCAACAUGAAGAGACAAACCAUGGCUUCUUAUUUCCGGUAUUCUCUGAUGGAUCUGCUCUCCAAAAUGGUGGUCGGACAGCCCCACUUCGUGCGUUGCAUCAAGCCCAACGAUGAGCGCAAGGCCCUGUGGUUCUCGCGAGACAGAGUUCUGGCCCAGCUUCGCUCCACAGGGAUCCUGGAGACAGUCAGCAUCCGCAGGCAGGGCUACUCCCACCGCAUCCUCUUUGAAGACUUCGUAAAAAGGUACUAUUACUUGGCAUUCCGAGCACAUCAAACACCUCCCGCUAACAAAGAGAGCUGUGUUGCUAUCUUGGAAAAAUCCAGAUUAGAUCGCUGGGUCCUGGGAAAAACAAAGGUUUUCCUCAAAUAUUACCACGUGGAGCAAUUAAAUUUGCUCCUGCGAGAGGUCAUAGGCCGAGUGGUCAUGCUGCAGGCAUAUGCCAAGGGCUGGCUCGGAGCCAGGAGAUACAAGCGAGCCAGAGAGAAGAGGGAGAAGGCUGCCAUAAGCAUCCAGUCAGCCUGGAGAGGAUAUGACGCUCGGAAGAGACUGAAGCGAAUCAGCCGCAGAAGGAGUGAGUCUGCGGCUCAGAGUCAAGCAGUUCUCCAGACCUCUCCUGAUAAGAAAAGCUGUCCAGAUUCCGAAGCAGAAUCCAACAUUGGCCAUGAAGAAACCUCAAGUAACUUUUCUGCUAAAGCUGACACAGAUCGGCAUCCACAAGCCCAGAGUUCCCCAACAGGCUGUGAUGUUGCCUCGGGACAUGCACCUAAGGCAGCUGGACAUGAUGAUGCUGAGCACUCAGUUGCUGGGACCCAUGUGUCAUCUUCUUGGACAUGUCACACUGCUCCAGCUCACCAGAGGCUGAGCCCCUGUGAAGGCCCUCCCAAACCUGGUUCAGAAGAUGGCCUCUCACAGAAGCAGCAGCGAGCACCUCGAAGACGGUGUCAGCAGCCCAAAAUGUUGAGUAGCCCCGAGGACACCAUGUACUAUAACCAGUUAAAUGGAACUCUAGAAUAUCAAGGGAGCCAGAGGAAGCCAAGAAAACUUGGACAAAUCAAAGUGCUGGAUGGGGAAGACCAAUAUUACAAAAGUCUGUCCCCUGGGGCCUGUGUCCCUGAGGAAAGCGACUCAGCCCCCCGUUUCUGUUUUCCCUCAUCCCCCAGAGGAGACUCGGUUGCUCAACACUGAGCUGUGCUUUCCGGCCCCAAAUGUGUCCCAGGCAGGAGCAAGGGUUACCACUGAUCAUCUAAUAAGAAAGCGGUGUCAUGGGGUCAGCUUCUUUGGACAUGGCCUGUGCUUGAACCUUACUGAACAACUCACGGAUCCCUGAAGAUUCUCUUGCUCCCAAGCCCUUCUUCACCUGCCCUGCAGCCUCUGGUCUCUUCAUCCUGUGAGAACACCCCUGCUUCGUCAAUGCAGUCCUUUAGGCUCCCGACAGCUAGAAAAGCGUGGACAGUCCCAUUGCAGGCCAGUUGUGAAAUCUGAUAACUUGUCUAUUUUUCUUACCAAGUGGAAUCCUGCAAUCUCUUUCCUGCUCUUCUUGAACCCCGCCCACUUUGGUGAGGUUUCUAUAUCUGCUUCCUCCAGAAUCAGGGCUUCACUGCUGAGUGCACUGUUUCCAGGAAGAGUGGUCCAAGAUUUCUGUUUAGAUGCAAAAGUUAAAAUCUUUCAGAUUCUUCCUACAGGACAAAGGAAUGCCUCUGUGGCACGUUGUUGUGUUGAGAGAGUGUCUGCCUGUUUCUUCUAGCUUACCUAGAGAAGCCCAUCACUCCAGCAAUGAAAAGCAGAACGUGGAGAGUGAGAAUUUGGACCUGAGCAAGUUCGGGCCACCUGAUUUCAUAGCUGUAUUCCCUGGUCAGCUGUCUGCACAGGCUGUGACAGAUGGCAGAGGACAAAGCUCAUCUUGUCCAUCUCUGUGUUUCUCAGACCUAGCUCAGGGCCUAGGACAGUGAACACCCAGUGCAUAAGAAUGAACUUAUUUCCGGCGGCAUGACUAGCCAGGGAGUUACUUACACGUGAUAGAUGAGUUACCACUUCUCUUAUAUAUAAGCGAGCUCUGAUGCUUUGCUCAAGGGUGAGCUCUUCGUAUUGUAAUCAUAAUGGCAUUAUAUGAUGUCAUACUCGAUAUAGUUCAGUACAAGCUGCUUUCUUGAGCACAAACUCUGUGUAAAACAAUAUGGAAAGCUGCUUAUGUGUGCUGUAAAAACAAAACCCCAUCUAAGACUCCUUCUCUAGAGCAGAUGCUCUUAAUAUUUUCUUUUUCUAAAAUACUUAGUUGAUUUGAGAAAAAAAAAGUACUUUAGGAAUAUUAGAAAAUGUUAUUAUCAGAGGUUUUUUUCUUUAAUGGAGGGCAUUAUAAAUAUUUUCCGAAGAGGAACAGUUAAGUGAAGUUGCUGUGUUAACUUUCCGUGAGGAGACACAGACAGGAGGAUGGGUGAAGGGCUGCUUACAGAGGCAUGGGCAACUUAUAGACAACGAUGCCACCAAAGAAUACCCCUCCAUAGCAACAACUGACCCCUCAGGGAGAGGCAGAGCCCUGUACACAGCCUUGCACGCCUUUCACACUUCCACAAGGAAAUGUUAGUAAGUGCUGUCUUGCCCUGAAUCCACAAUGGCAAUGGCUGCAUCGUGCCCAGAAGAGAGUUCCACAACAGAGACAUGUGAAGAGCUCAGAAAUUAUAAUGGUGUAAGAAAUAGCUACAGACAGUUUUAGUAGCUUCAUUGUGCUUUUUUAAAAAAAGCUACAUCUCGGGGUUUUUCCCAGAUCUUCAUUUAAGAGGUAAUGUUUAUAUGGUGUGAGAAUAGAGCAGACAAAACAAAACUAAUUUAGUUGCUUAAGAAAUAAUGCUUAGGGUAAUUCUGUGAUAGAGUACUUGGCUAGCAUGUGCAGGGUUUAUUCCCCGAGAACAAGAAAAAUGAAGAGAUGAGAGAGGAGAGAGGGAGAGAAAGCCUAGAAUACACAGAUUUUCUUUGAGUGCCUUCGGAAAUUUCUCUUUUAUCACCGAUUAAUCUACUUUGAUGUAACUGUUUUCCAAACUGUUGAAUAAAAAUGUUCAUAACGUCCUGUAUGUCCACACACGAUGUGAUUGUCAUAACGUCCUGUAUGUCCACACACGAUGUGAUUGUCAUAACGUCCUGUA